AUGGCUACCAUCAAAGGACUAAGCGCAGCGCCGAAACUCGAUGCAUACGCUCUUGCUGUCCCCACCAACCCUCGCACAACGCAACGCCAUGCUAACAACGACGACAUAUUAGGCUCGAAUUUGCGCAUAGCCAUUGUCCACGCACGCUGGAACUGGCCGAUAAUCGAGGCUUUGCUUGCGGGCGCCAAAAAGAGCAUUCUAGCAGCUGGUGUCAAGGAGGAAAAUCUCGUUGUCCAGUGUGUCCCGGGGAGCUACGAGUUGCCCUUUGCCAUCAAGAGUAUCUACGAAGCCUCCCAGGCACAAUCUAGUUCCAACACCGGCAAACCAUUUGAUGCCAUUGUUGCAAUUGGCGUGCUAAUCAAGGGCGAGACAAUGCAUUUCGAGUAUAUUGCUGACGCUGUUAGUCAUGGACUGAUGCGUUUGCAGCUUGAUAUGGGUGUGCCGGUGAUCUUUGGGGUGUUGACUGUUCUCAACGACGAGCAGGGUCUGGCUCGUGCGGGACUGUGUGGAGGUGAGAAGUCACAUAACCAUGGAGAGGACUGGGGUACUGCGGCGAUUGAGAUGGGCCUUAAGAGGAAGGGUGCGUUGAAUGGUCAGAUAUUGUAG